AUGGAUACACCACCACCUGAGAGGGAAGGAGUUCCAGCAGGCACACUUUUGCCAUCCAUAUCAACACCAGCAUUUACCAUGACAACACGACACCAUCCUAUGGAACCACGUCAACGUAGACACACUAUAAAUCGACCUGCCUCGAUCCAAGAACAACUACCGGAAGCACAUGAUGAGGAACAGACAUUUGAGCGUAUCUCAGGAAUCCUUUCGACUCUGUUACAGGAAGCCAACAAUGCGGUGAAUGCGGUCGAGUGUCAACAAACACCACGAUGGAUGCAAAAGAAGGGUCAUGGUGAUAUGAUGAUACAGUCGCUGCAGCCCAUUUCUAAACAAAUCUCUCCUAUCGACUUGCCGAGAAACGCCAAUAACCUUGAGCAGCAGCAGCAGCAGCAGCAGCACAGUAAUGAUUGCGGCAAUGACAGCACCAACAGCAGCAGUAGUAGUAGCACCACGACAUCAUCUUCAUCACCUGAACUUUCUCCCUCAUCACAAUCAUCAUCCUCAUCCACAACAAGUUUGGACUCUACGACUACCACCUUGCUUUGGAGGAAAGGAUCUGCAACCAUCAAAAACAUCACUCAUCCAACAAUGAAUUCAUCGUCAGCACGAUAUCGUGGUGCACUAUUACGUGGUUCGUUGGUGGAAUCGUAUAAGCGGCUUGAUCAUUCAAUGGCUAUGGUGGAUUCAUUAUCGCGUGAUCUUGCAUCCUCGGAUGAACAAGAUGCAGCAGAUGAGGACAAGCAACACAAUGAUGACGACCAAGAGACAUCCAUAUUUGUGAAUGGCAAGUCACCACCAUCGUUUCAUAAUGAAUCCAACAACAACAACAACAUCACCACAACAAUGGAUUUACGAUUAUCGGCAUUUUUGGUGGCGCCAUUUUUACAUUUCCCACAAGCAUUGAUAUCUUGGGUAUUUGAUUCUUUAUCCAACAACCGAGACUCGUCAAGCCAUUUGACAGGCAUGCUGGCAUGGUGCUUCUUUUUCGCCUUUGCUAAUAUCAUGGUGGAUCAAGCUGCUGCUGGGUUACCGGUAACAAAGAUGGGAAGGUAUUCACGCAAUGUACCAGUGCCAGGCUCUUAUCAUAGCAAGGUUCAUCGUAUUUCCUCCAUUGAAUGUGUAUCAACAACAACAUCCUCGCUCUUUCGUCGACGCAGUGCACGACGCGCAGUGGUGAUUCCACGCCGAUCGUCUAUCUAUAGAAAGUAUUACAGCGGUACAACGACGAGAUGGGUUUCUCCGACUAUCAUGCACCAUGCAAAGACCAUUACACCAUGCAGAAGAAUCAACAACAACAGCAGCAGCAUACGUAUGCAUCCUUCCCAUCGCCGUCCUCACUCUUUGGCCAUCACACGUUCUCACACUCAACCUCCUCUUCUUGACAUUACAAUUUCUUCUCCUCUUGUUGCAUCACCAUUGAUAACAACUUUGUCUUCGAUACCUUCAUCAUCAUCAUCAUCAUCAUCCUCUCUAUCUACCACCAUCACACGUAGAAACUCUUUUUAG